AAAAGGGGCAAAAAGGAAAAACACCAUACAGCUGCUUCAUAUCAAAGCGAGAGAGUGCAGUGUGUAAAUGGAUGCACCAUUAUCCAUAACCAAUUGAAGAGCAGAGUGAGUAAUUGAAUUAAACUUAAACUUCCGCAAAUGGAGGCAGCUUCUGUGCUCAGCUCUUCUUCUACAUCCUCCUUUUCUCUUUCACAUGUGCUCUUAUCUUCCUAUACCUUAAAACCCCAUGUGAGGUUUAUCUUCAAUUCUCUAUCAAAAUGCACUAGGGGUUCUCCUUUGCUCUUUUCUUCCAACCACAGCGUUGAAAGAUUCUCUCUGCUUCGACCUUCAGCUCUUACUUUCGAGGAAACUGUUGAUACUUUUUCUGUGCAGCCCAAAAUUGACAAGAGUGGCAGAUUCUGUAGUCCUAGAGCCGCUCGAGAGCUCGCUCUGAUGACAAUAUAUGCGGCAUGUUUGGAAGGCUCAGACCCUGUUCGCUUUUUUGAGAAACAGUUGAACAUUAGAAGAGAACCGGGAUAUGAAUUUGAUAAAGAUUGGUUAAUGAAGUACAAUCACAUGAGUUUUGGAGGCCCCCCUGUGAAAACUGAGACGGUUGAAGAAGCUGAUGAACUUCUCAAGGCUGAUGAAAAUGAUUCUGUAAUAGAAGCUGAAGUUCUCUCUGCUCCACCAAAAUUGGUGUACAGCAAGCUUAUUUUGCGUUUCACACGGAAACUUUUGGUGGCAGUUGAAGAAAAGUGGGAUAGUCACGUGCUUGUAAUUAAUAAAGUUGCACCCGAUAAUUGGAAGAAUGAGCCAGCAGGCAGGAUCCUGGAGCUUUCAAUUCUUCAUUUAGCAAUGUCUGAAAUAUCAGUAUUAGGAACACGGCACCAGAUAGUCGUCAAUGAGGCUGUUGACCUUGCAAAACGAUUCUGUGAUGGGUCAGCACCCCGCAUUGUAAAUGGCUGCCUCAGGACAUUUAUAAAGGAUCUUGAAAUAGUAAAGGAUGCCCGAGUUAACCAGUCUCUGUUUACUUGAAAUGUCCAAUAUCAAGAAUUUGAUGAAUACUCAAAAGAGUUAUCUUCAACCUACAUAGACAUUCUUUCUGGGCAUUCCUUGCAAAGCUAUUAGAAGAGAUCAGCUAUGCCUUGAGAUCCAGCUUCCAGGACAAAUUUGAGCUUCAGCCAAUACAAGGAAGAAGUAUAUAUAUAUCAAGAUGUUAACGUUGCCCAUCCUAAAGUGUAUGGUUACUAUGAUCAUGCCCAUGCUGUAAGCAAUGUGUAUUGUAUCGCCUUAUUCAUUCUGUAGUCUCUGUAUUUCGGUAGUACCAAAUUUUCUGAAGGCAUUAAGCCUGAUUUGGAAUUUCAGUUUGUAAUAGCUUUUUCGCAUGUUGCUGUUUAUGGGUUGAAAAUGAAUAUUAUGUGUGGAUGAUGGAAGCUAUAGGAAGUCAUUCCUUUUAUAGGUAAUCUUAACUUAUGGACGGAUAUGAUAUUUCUUAGAAGCAUCUUUAUUUUUAGCCUUCUUUUUCUUGUUUCUACUUACACGUAGACAUUCGAAUACAAAAUGUUAUGUGAAUUGUACUGUUUA